CAACAUCAUUGUAUUCAUCGUACUCAUCAGAUGCCCAAACAAGUCAUAUAAGUUCACAAUUAUUGUAUUCAUCUUACUCAUCAGCUUCCCAAACAAGUGAUAUAAUUUCAACAUCAUUGUAUUCAUCUUACUCAUCAGCUGCCCAAACAAGUGAUAUAAUUUCACCAUCAUUGUAUUCAUCGUACUCAUCAGCUUCCCAAACAAGUGAUAUAAUUUCAACAUCAUUGUAUUCAUCUUACUCAUCAGCUGCCCAAACAAGUGAUAUAAUUUCACCAUCAUUGUAUUCAUCGUACUCAUCAGCUUCCCAAACAAGUGAUAUAAUUUCAACAUCAUUGUAUUCAUCUUACUCAUCAGCUGCCCAAACAAGUGAUAUAAUUUCACCAUUAUUGUAUUCAUCGUACUCAUCAGCUUCCCAAACAAGUGAUAUAAUUUCAACAUCAUUGUAUUCAUCUUACUCAUCAGCUGCCCAAACAAGUGAUAUAAUUUCAACAUCAUUG